AUGGCAGAUACUGUUAACUCCAAGCCCGAUUCCUUCCAUGACGAGGGUCUUGGGCAAAAGGAACCCAGUAUCAAGCUGGCCAAGGCACAGACCGAUGAUCAUCCCAUUGAUGAUGAGCAGUUCAAGCAGACGUCUCGACGUAUUGUUCGUAAGCUGGACUUUACGUUGAUGCCGAUUAUCUGGUUGUUGUAUCUUUUUAAUUAUCUCGAUCGAACUGCCAUCGCUCAGGCCAAGUUGAACGGUAUUGAGAAGGAUCUCAACCUUACUGGAGCCCAGUUCAGCACAGCUGUCUCGAUCCUGAACGUUGGAUACAUGGUCAUGCAGAUCCCUAGCAACAUGAUCCUUACUCGCGUUCGUCCUUCGAUCUACCUCCCCAUCUGGGCCUGCGUCUGGUCUGCUGUUUCCGCCAGCACCGCCGCCGCCGAUAACUUCGGCCAUCUCAUCACCGUUCGAUGCCUCCUUGGUAUCGCAGAAGCUCCAUUCUUUCCUGGAGUCUUCUUUCUUCUGUCUUGCUGGUAUACGCGCGGUGAGCUCGGUCUGCGUAUGGCAAUUCUAUACUCUGGCCUUGUCGUUGCAACAGCCUUCUCUGGUCUCAUUGCGGCUGGUGUCUUUUCGAACCUUGAUCAGGUUCGAGGUCUCGCAGGCUGGAGGUGGCUUUACAUCAUCAUCGGAUCUGUCAACUUCCUGCUUGCCCUAUGCGCCGUCGUUCUCCUCCCCGACUUUCCCGAGUCUCAUACUGGAAGUCAGAAAUGGCUCUUCACUGAGGAAGAGCUUCGAGUUGCUAAUCAGCGGAUUGCCAUGGACCGCAUUCCGCAAGAGAGCAAUCGUUCUGUCUGGUGGGGAUUCAAGCGAGCUGUGACUGACUACCGGACAUGGGUUUUCAUCUUUAUGCUUAUCUGCAACCAUGCCGCCUACGGCUUCAAUUACUUCUACCCUUCUAUCGUCAGUGGCUUCGGUCUUGGUUCCCGUACCAUUACCCUUCUAUGCACAGCACCGCCAUUCCUCAUUGGUGCCAUUGCGUCCCUGUUCAUCUCCUGGUCAAGCGACAAGAGAAACGAACGGUCCUACCACAUUGCCAUCCCUAUGGGUAUUUCAGUAGUUGGCUUCGUCAUCUCCGUCUCGACGCUCAACGGACCGGCGCGAUAUGUGGCAUCAUUCUUAUAUGUUACUGGCUGCUUCGCUGCCAAUGGUCUCGUGUACUCAUGGGCUGCGGGCGUUCUCAACCAGACACCAGAAAAGAAGGCGGUCGCUACGAGCAUGAUCAACGUUAUCGCGCAGCUUGGAAAUAUCAUGAGCCCGUACUUUUUUCGCGACCAGGAUGAACCUCGAUAUCUUAUGGCGAUGAUUUUGUUAAUUGUCUUUGCGACGCUGAGCGGCCUUACCUGUCUGUUUUUGAAGUGGGACUUGACUAGAGCCAAUAAGAAGAUUCUGGCUGAGGCUGAGGCCGACGGUACCGAACCGAGACUGUUCUCACACUGA